AAUCCGCCUUCCUAAUACCGAGAUUUUCUCUGUAAACCCACCAACAAUGAGGAUCUUUGGCGCUUUUCCACAUCUCAUUUUAUGCAGCCAAAAUCUGAUGAAAAGGAAUGGAAGAAGGAGCCGGUUCCAGUGUUGCGGAGGCUGCCGACAUGGAGAGGCAAAAGUUCCCGUUCACCAUUGAAGACAUCCUGAGGAAUUAUCCAGACGGGGCACGGGAAAAUCCACUGUUGUGGUGUUUAUGUUGUUGCUGUUGCUGUUGCUGCUGUUGCGGAGAUGGGAGGACGGAUCAUCCUCAUCAAGGCAAGCGCUGCUCCUGUGUCAUCCCAACACCACAACCACUCUCUGGGCUUCCCUCCCAAGCUUUGUGGGCACACCCCGGCGUUCGAGAAGAAAAAGAGGAAGUUGCGGCGGAGGCCCAGACGCCAAGAAGGACCCGGCGACACCGAACCAUCUUCACGGAGGAGCAGCUGGACGCGCUGGAGGAACUCUUCCUGCAGAACCACUACCCAGACGUCAAUGCUCGGGAAAAGCUAGCGCAGAGCACUCGGCUCCGAGAAGAGAGGGUGGAGGUUUGGUUUAAAAACCGCAGAGCCAAGUGGAGGCGCCAGAGAAGACUCUCCUUUUAUGCAGGAAAUACAGAAAACUAACUUUGUAUCGAUCCCCUUCACGUUAUGUCACUAACUCAUUUACAAACACUUUGGACCAUUCAAACUAGAUGAAUGAAAGAAUGUAGAUUAUUUUGAAUGUUUGGGUGAAUGGAAAUAAUGCCUUUCGGUAGUUUAGCAUCAAGUUACAACACGCUUUGUACAAACAAAUCGUCCUCGUGAACAAAUAAAGUUGUUUUGAAAAAAAAUGCAUUACAUUAUUAAGAAAAGACAUUAGGGUGAACGCACUGUUGGAAACAAUGUAAAUUGCCAUUCUCUUUUCCCCAAUUUGAUCAAAACAUCAUCUGCCAAUGCAACAAUAUUAAUUAAUCACACUCUCCAUGAAUAUUCCUGACUCUAUAAAUAGUUUUAGCUUAUCAUAUGAAGACGAUCAUUGAUUAUAAACA